UCAGGGACAAAUUUUAUGAAAUAUUUUUUUAAAUUUUAUUUAAACCAAUCCUGCGCUAAACUCGCGAUUCAUUUAAUAAAAGUGGGUAAAUAUAUAAACAGCCGCAAUUUAGACACGGAAUCACUACUACUCAAUCCUGUUAAAGAAAACAAAAACCGUGAAACAAUGAAUAAAUUUUUGGUAGCAAUUAUGGUCCUGCUAAUAAUUUCAUUAGCAAGUGCCGAAGUAUGUGAGCGUGAUUCUAUGGACAUAGAUGGCACAUGUGUCAAAGUAAUCGGUAAUUCAUGCACUAACCAUGCUGACUGCCGUCGCAAUGACGCAGCAUGCUUAGAAGGCACUUGUCAGUGGGUCCAAAAUUGGCUGACGGAACAAGAUCGCCUUAGAUCGUACGUUGCAAAAGAAUUCAAUGAUGUCUGUGUUUCGGAUUCUCAGUGUCGGGACUUAACCAAUGCGGUAUGCAGAUAUUUCAGAUGCGUUCCUGCCUAGUCUUCCAGAGAAUGUUCAAGCCAAAUAAUUAAUCAACAACGCACUGCUAUUAUUGAUUGUUGCGAUGUUUUCGGUUAUGAAUUAUGGAAUAAAUAAAUAUAUUGAGCAAUA